AGAGCCCCCCAGGAAUCUGCUGAGGAGGGCUGGGGGCUCGCGGGGGCUGAAGAGGAGCUAAAGGAGCAGCAGGAGGAGGAUGGAGCAGGGAAAAACAGUGGAGAGAUGGCAGGAAAGAGAAAAAGAACUGCAGUGAGCAGUGAAAGGAUGAAAAAAAAGAAAAAGAAACGAGAGGCAGCAUCAAUGCCAGAGUUGUCAGAAGGUAAUGGAAUAAAGUGGAUGUCCUCUCUGGAAGCAAAAUUCGAAGAUGUAAAAGACAAAAAACCUACUGCAGAAAAACUUGAACGCUUGAGAAGAGAAAAGAUAAACCGCUUCAGAAACCAACACAAGAUUACUAUUCAAGGAACAGAUCUUCCUGACCCAAUUGCCACGUUUGAUCAACUUCAAAGGGAAUACAAAAUCCACCCGAAAAUCAUGGAGAAUAUUCAAGCUGCUGGCUUCCAGGUCCCAACACCCAUCCAGAUGCAAGCUAUUCCCGUCAUGCUUCAUGGUCGGGAACUUCUAGCUUCAGCUCCUACUGGGUCUGGAAAAACACUGGCAUUCUGUAUUCCUCUCUUAGCACACCUGAAACAGCCUAGGAACAAAGGAUUCAGAGCUCUGAUCAUAUCACCUACGCGAGAACUUGCCAGCCAGACACAUCGGGAACUGCUGAAGUUGGCCGAGGGGACAGGCUUCAGAAUACAUAUGAUCAACAAGGCAGCUGAAGCAGCAAAGAAAUUUGGGCCCAAGUCUUCUAAGAAAUUUGAUAUACUAGUUACUACUCCAAACAGGCUCAUUUAUUUGCUGAAACAAGAUCCUCCAGCGAUAGACUUGACCAGUGUGGAGUGGUUGGUGGUGGAUGAGUCAGACAAACUGUUUGAAGAUGGAAAAUCGGGGUUCCGAGACCAGCUGGCCUCCAUCUUCCUGGCAUGCACAUCCCACAUGGUGAGAAGAGCUUUGUUCAGCGCAACCUUUGCACGUGAUGUAGAGGAGUGGUGUAAACUCAACCUUGACAGUGUUGUUCUGGUGUCCGUGGGAGCACGAAACUCUGCAGCGGAGACAGUAGAACAAGAGCUGUUGUUUGUUGGAUCUGAGACAGGAAAACUAACAGCAAUGCGAGAGCUCAUUAAAAAGGGUUUUGCUCCUCCAGUCCUUGUUUUUGUACAGUCUAUUGAGAGGGCUAAAGAGCUUUUCCAUGAACUUAUUUACGAAGGCAUCAACGUGGAUGUCAUCCAUGCAGACAAAACUCAGCAACAGAGAGAUAAUGUAGUACACAGUUUCAGAGCUGGGAAGAUCUGGGUGCUUAUCUGCUCAGCCUUGCUAGCUCGAGGGAUUGACUUCAAAGGAGUGAAUAUGGUCAUUAAUUACGAUUUGCCAACGAGUGCAGUGGAAUACAUCCACAGGAUAGGUCGUACUGGAAGAGCAGGGCACACAGGAAAAGCAGUCACUUUCUUUACAGAAGACGAUAAACCUUUAUUAAGGAGUAUAGCCAAUGUGAUUCAGCGAGCUGGCUGUCCUGUGCCAGACUACAUAAAACACUUUCCCAAACUGCAAAGCAAACAAAAGAAGAAGUUCAUUAAGAAACCACUGACAAGAGAAUCCAUUUGUACCACUCCUCAGUGCUUCUUAAAAAAGACCAAAAGAAAAAUGAAAACUACAAAGGAAAAUAUUAAGGAGAAAAAGAAAGUUAAAGAAGCUAAAAAUAGCAAUAACUUACAGACUGUUUCAAAAAGCUGAGUAGCAACAGACUACGUGUGAGCUGGGGCUGACACCUGUGUCCGUACUGAGGAA